CGGAUUGAAAAUCAGGGAGGGGAUCUGAGAAACCCAACGCAACAAACUAACAGCGAUGCAGUGCUUAAGUUUUUGAUCAUCAUAACGGAUUUUCCAGCAGUUUUUAUUUUUUUUAUUUUUUUUAGACACAAUACGCAAAACAAAGGAUUUUAAACACAACUUCAGAAUCGUCAUGCCACGAUCGUUUUUGGUGAAGAGUAAAAAGUGUUCAUCUUACAAUGUGCACCGACCGAUUGACACCGAGCAAAGUGAACCCAAACAACUCUCGGAACCAGCACCCAAGACAAUCCCUGCACUGGUCUCAUUGGAACCAAAGGAACGUAAUUCCCCAAAGCAGCCCCCGUUAGAUUCUGUCACUCGCCUGUCCCACAGAGACCCAUAUGACUUCAUCAAGUGUGAGAGAGAGCCUGACUGCCCGAUACCGUCUCUCCCUGAGCUGCCUGUUACAACCAGCCAGCCUUAUUACUUAUCCGAGACUCAACUGGCAGAGUUCCCUUCCUACUACAAGAGCUCUUAUGCCUGGCAUCAUGUUCCCUCACCGUUUGAUUUCAGGCAGAUGAGCUUUCCUCCAUCGCUCUUGCAGCACGCCAGCAACCUGUAUGGAGCUCACCUGAAGGAAAGCUCAGAGCCUUCACAAGUGCUGGACUACAGCACACACUACUCACCUACGUCUAACACCUUCCACUGCAUUACCUGCGACAAGGUGUUCUCCACCCCUCAUGGCCUGGAAGUUCACGUCAGACGCUCUCACAGUGGUACACGUCCCUUUGGAUGCAGCAUCUGCAGAAAGAGCUUUGGCCAUGCAGUUAGCCUAGAGCAACAUAUGAACGUCCACUCUCAGGAAAGAAGUUUUGAGUGUAAGAUGUGCGGAAAGACCUUCAAACGCUCCUCAACAUUGUCCACUCACCUGCUGAUUCACUCUGACACACGGCCCUACCCCUGCCAAUACUGUGGCAAGAGAUUCCACCAGAAAUCCGAUAUGAAGAAACACACCUACAUCCACACAGGAGAGAAACCUCACAAAUGCCAGGUGUGUGGGAAGGCCUUCAGCCAGAGCUCCAACCUCAUCACACACAGUCGCAAACACACCGGAUUCAAGCCAUUCGGUUGUGAGAUCUGUUCCAAGGGCUUCCAGAGGAAAGUAGAUCUUCGCAGACACCACGAGACUCAGCACAGCGUUAAAUGAUGUGAUGGACAGCAAGGAAGGAAUGAAGACCACCCAUGGCUGUAAAAAAACAAACAAAAAAAAAACAAUGGAAAUAUAUGAAAUUAAAAGUUAGAGUUUGUUUUGUUUCUUUAAAUCAACUCAUGUUAAAGGAAUCCGAGUUCGCUCAAUCAACAAGUUAAGCUCAAU